UUUCCGUCAGUGCACCAACAAGCCAACAAGCUUGACAUAUUCCCAAGGGUACACAAACCUCCAUACAAGAGCGUAGAGGCAAUCUCGGAUUGAUUGACUGUAAGAAAUCGGAUUGAUCGGUGUUUGUACCCGUGAAAGUACAUUUAUUGACAACUUCUCCCCGUACGCUAUCCUCCCCCUGAAGGACUCGUUCGCUUACCAACACUUUAAGAACGUGAUUACUGUUAGUGGGUUUCCGAACGCCCAUCAGGAACCAAGUCUACGCAUCGGUUCAAGGAGUGAACGCGGACGGCAGUUUAUUACGUUUCUUGAUUGAUCGAACGAUUGAUUGAUUGAAGUUUUUGAACGAUCGAAAUCAAUUUGACGCACGGUCCCUUUUAGUACGCGCACACUCUCACACACACAAUCACACAUCUGCUUACCAUGGUCUUUUCGAGACCAUGCCUGCUGGUACUGGCAGUGCUGUCCUUGGCUCGAUCGGCGGGGGCCGUAUGGGCUCCCCGCAGCAUCCCAUUGCUGACGACGUCCUGGGCUGCCACCGCACAACGACGGGAUCUUACGACAGCCGCCUGGGGUGUGAGCGAAAGCGUGACGGCUAGUUCAAUACUUCGUGGAGGUUCCACCGCUGCUGCUGCGGAUGACGACGAGGACGUACGGAAAUCCAAAAAGUCGUCCUCCAAAAAGAAGAAAAAGAAAAAGUCCAAAAAGGAUCAAGUCUCCGAGCCCCUUUCGUCGAAAGCCGCCGCCUCACCCUUUGCCGAUCCCACCAAAAAACCGGACCUCUCCACUGCCAUUCUGGGUGGUGCCGAAGGACGCAGUGCCAUGCAAGUCUUUGCGUACGACAGCGAAGAAGGACAUUCGGUCGUCGGCAUGACGGAAGCCGCCUUGGAAGAAAUGGGGCUCUUCGAAGGCGAUACCGUAUCCAUCAAAGGCAAGCGCGGCAAGAAAACCGUAGCCAGUGUCGCCAUUGUAGCGGAUGUCGACGUUAGCGCCUUGCAAGACGGCGCCGGUCAACCCUUGCAGUCGAUCGGUAUGUCGCUGGACGCUAUGAAGAACGCCGCCGUCCGCGCUGGUGAUACCGUCACCGUCGUCCCCGUCCCCAACGUCAAAUUUGGCAAGGCCGUGCUCAUUCUACCCUACCAAGAUUCGUUGGCUUCGUUGGGUGUGGAGGACGCCAACGUGUUUGAUGAUUACCUGAAACCAUACUUUGAAGGAAAAUUCCGUUCCCUACAUCGCGGGGACUCCUUUCAUGCGGAUGGACCCUACGGAAAAUUGGAAUUUCAGUGUGUCGAGAUUGAUUCCGUCGAAGUCGAUGGCGAUACGGCUUGCGUCGUGGUAGAUGAUACCGUCAUUGAAUGCGACGGUGAACCAAUUGAUCGUAGCGACCACGAUGACUUGGAAGGUGCCGGGUACGACAUGAUUGGGGGAGCGAGCAAACACUUGGCCGCCGUCCGUGAACUAGUGGAACUACCACUCCGCCACGCCGAAUUGUGGCGCAAGUUGGGAAUUAACCCACCGCGAGGCGUCCUGCUGACAGGACCGUCGGGAUCCGGUAAAACUGCUAUGGCCCGCGCCGUCGCCGCCGAAACCGGAGCCUACUUUUUCGUCAUCAACGGACCCGAAGUAAUCUCCAAACGGGCUGGCGAGAGUGAAACCAAUCUACGCCGAGCCUUUGAAGACGCGGAAGCAAAUGCAGAUGACUACAAUGGUGCCAUUAUCUUUAUUGACGAAAUUGAUUCGAUUGCGCCCAAACGUGAAAAGGCUGGUGGAGAAGUGGAAAAGCGUGUCGUGUCGCAGCUUUUGACCCUGAUGGACGGGCUCAAACCCACGUCGAAGGUCGUUGUUAUGGCAGCAACCAACCGUCCCGGUGUUAUCGAACCGGCGCUUCGUCGUCCGGGUCGCUUCGACCGCGAACUCGACAUGGGCAUUCCCGACGAGCAGGGCCGCCUAGAGAUUCUGCAAAUCAAAAUGCGCGAUAUGCGUUUGUCAGACGAUGUCGACUUGGAACUGUUGGCACGGAACACCCACGGUUACGUCGGGGCGGAUUUACAACAGCUUUGUAUGGAAGCCGCUCUGGAAUGUAUUCGGGGAAAGAUGGGAUUGAUCGACUUUGAUAAAGACCAAGUCGACAAAAAGAUUCUGGAUUCGAUUGUGAUCGAGGAAAAGCAUUUUGAUCACGCCAUGGGCAUUGUCGCUCCCUCCUCGCUGCGUGAGAGUCAAGUAGAAAUCCCCGACGUACACUGGGACGAUGUCGGUGGACUGGAGGAUGUAAAGCGAGAGCUACACGAGACGGUGCAGUACCCAGUGGAACACGCCGAAAAAUACAUCAAAUUCGGUAUGAGCCCCAGUAAAGGUGUUUUAUUUUACGGCCCUCCUGGUUGCGGAAAGACUCUCUUGGCCAAGGCGAUUGCCAACGAAUGCGGGGCCAACUUUAUCAGCAUCAAGGGACCGGAGCUACUGACACAGUGGUUUGGAGAGAGUGAAGCUAACGUUCGUGAACUCUUUGACAAGGCCCGUGCCGCGAGUCCUUGUAUUCUCAUGUUUGACGAGAUGGAUUCGAUUGCCAAGACUCGAGGUAGCGGAGGCGCCGGAGGAAGCGAAGCGGGAGACCGUGUUAUCAAUCAGAUUCUAACCGAGAUUGACGGUGUUGGAGCACGGAAAAACGUGUUUGUCAUUGGUGCUACCAAUCGACCGGAUAUUCUCGACCCAGCCGUCAUUCGUCCAGGACGCCUUGAUCAACUGAUUUAUAUUCCGCUGCCAGACUUGAAGAGCCGUAUCGCUAUUUUCCAAGCGGCAUUACGAAAGGCACCCAUGGACCCCAACGUUGAUCUGGAAGUGCUGGCUCGAUCAACACACGGAUUCAGUGGGGCUGAUAUUUCCGAGAUCUGCACAACGGCUUCGAAGCUUGCUAUUCGCGAAGCGAUUCUGGCCGCGGAAGAACGAAACAAGAAGAUCGAAGAAGGCGAAAUUGACGGAGACGAAGGUUCGUCGGAGGUCGGAGGCAAUAUGCUGAUUACGAAGAGUCAUUUCAAUUUUGCCAUGAGCCGAGCCCGCCGAAGUGUAAGCGAAAAGGACUUGACACUGUUUGAAGAAUUUGCAGAAAAGCAAAAAGCCGGACGUGGCGAAGCAGCGAGCAACUUUAAGUUUGGCGACGGAUCCACAGCCGACGAAGAUGACGCCGACAAUGGCUCUCUACAAGACGACCUGUAUUCCUAAAGAUAAUCGCAAUACUCCCUUUACAGAAAAUAGAUUCAACUAG